AUGCACAUCCCCCUCUGGUUUGCACUGUGGCUCUGCUGCUAUGUCGCCGCUAGUGCCCAAGCUCAACAGGACUUCAACGUAACCAGCAGAGAUCCGAGGAUCUCAUACGUCGGGCAAUGGGUGGACCAAGAUAACGGAGGGCAUAAAUUUACGGGGAGCGUCGGCUCUUCCUUUUCUUUCACAUUCCAAGGCAUGUCCAUACGAUACUUCGCUGGCCUUCAAUGUGCUAAGCGGAAUGGUUAUAGGAACUGCGCGUCUGCGGUUGUGUACGACGACCAGACCUCGUACUCCAAUCCCAUCAAGAGCGCCAUCGUAGAUGCGUCCAGCGGCACGACUCGGGACUCUAAUCCAGUCCUGACGACGCUCUUCUCCGCCACUGGCCUCUCUCCGUCCAGGCACAGUACCUUGAACGUCUCCUAUAUCGGACCUGGCAGCCUGGGCGGACCAUACGUCGAAAUCUACACGAUCGAGUAUGACGGCGUACAGAGUGCUGCUCCCACUGGAACAAGCAGCAGUCAGGGCAGUUCGGGGAGUCAAUCUUCGAAUUCGAGCAGCAGCGCUUCCCACAAGUCUGUCAAUAUCGGCGCCAUUGUGGGCGGUGUCGUAUCGCCGUCCCGUGCCCUUAACGCCCGGUGA